AUGAACGACACAGAAGCAGAAUCGUCCAAUGUGACUCUCCGAGUUUUCACCUUUGAAGAAAGAAACAACAAGACGCACGAGUCGCUAACCGUGUCCAUACCUGAGGUCCUGGAUGCACAUCAUGGCAUGCACGUGUGGCCUUGCGCAGUGGUGUUGGCUCAGUACAUCUGGAGCAGAAGAACUCAUGUGAAAGGCAAGAGGUGUCUGGAGCUGGGAGCGGGAGUGGCUCUUCCAGGCGUGCUUGCAUCCCGCUGUGGUGCUGAGGUCAUCCUGAGCGACGACGCUGAUGCGCCGGCGUGCAUGCACAACUGCAGACGAAGCUGUGAGGCCAACGGUCUACACGACGUGCUGGUGGUUCCUCUUACCUGGGGAGAAAUCUCCCCACAUCUGCUCCGGCUUCCACAUCUCGACCUUAUUUUGGCGUCUGACGUUUUCUACGAGCCCGAUGAUUUUGAAGAUAUCCUGGUCACAGUUUCUUUUCUUCUGCGAAAAAACCCAGACGCGGAAUGUUGGGUGACAUACCAAGAACGAAGUGGCGACUGGAGCAUCGAGGCGCUGCUGCACAGAUGGAAAUUGGCCUGCGUGGACGUGGACCUGGAAUCGUUUGACGCCAACAAAUCGGAGUUGGCGGGCUCCAGUCUUCCCGGCAACCAUGUCAUUCAAAUGAUGAUCAUCACACUGGCGAAGGAUACGUGA